GCGGUCUGCCAUUAUGUAAGGAGGCUUCACUGACUGUGGGACAAAAAACUUUCUUUUGGAGUUAAAAUGAUUUUCAAUGAAGCAACAUCAGAAUCAAAUGACAAGUUUCCGAACAAAUCCCUUUUGCUGGCUGUGUUUGCUGCUUGUGUUGGUGGGACCUUUCAGUAUGGAUAUAACAUCUCUGUCAUCAAUUCGCCCACUAUGUACGUGCAAGACUUCAUCAACCAGACCUGGGCUAAUCGCUACCAAAGUGACAUAUCCAAAGAUGCUCUCACCCUCCUUUGGUCCACCAUAGUGUCCAUAUUCACCUUAGGAGGACUUGUGGGAGUAUCAAUUGGUGGGACAUUGUCUAUAAAGCUGGGGAGAAAAAGGACACUGUUGACCAAUAACCUGUUUUCUCUGAUGGCGGCUCUGCUGAUGGGUCUGAGCUCGUCUGCUGGAUUAUUUGAGCUGCUCAUCAUUGGUCGUUUUUUCAGUGGAAUAAAUGCAGGCAUUGCUUUAAGUGUUCAACCUUUAUACUUGGGGGAAAUCGCUCCGACUGCGUUACGGGGGGCCAUGGGCAUGGGGACCUCCAUUUUCAUCACUGGGGGAAUCCUAACUGGACAAGUGAUGGGCCUCAAAGAAGUCCUUGGCAAAAGGGAGUACUGGCCCAUCCUCCUCUCCACCACCGGCAUUCCAGCAAUCCUGCAGCUCCUGAUUCUGCCAUGGUUCCCUGAGAGCCCUCGCUACCUGUUUAUUGAUAAAGGAGAUGAUGAGGCUUGUAAAAAAGCCUUGAGGCAGCUGCAUGGUGCAGAAGACUGUCACGCCGCAUUGGAAGACAUCACCAAAGAGAAGAACAACUUAGCAGGUUUCCAGGCUAAGAAACCCUGGGAGCUUUUUGCUGAUCGCAGUUUGCGCUGGCAGCUUCUCACCAUUAUUUUGCUCAACAUGGCACAACAGCUGAAUGGCAUCAAUGCUAUCUACUUUUAUGCUGACUAUGUGUUUAAGCAAUCAGGGAUUCCAGAUGAUAAAAUACCAUAUGCAACUGUUGGAACUGGUGCCUGUGAAUGCAUCACUGCUUUAACGUGUGGUUUGCUCAUUGAGUAUCUGGGAAGAAAAGUGCUCAUCACUGGAGGAUACUUCCUCAUGAGCAUCUGCUGCAUUCUGUUCACGCUGACACUCACUUUCCAGGAUGUUAGUCCUGUUUUUCCAUACCUGAGCAUGGCCUGUGUUUUUGCUUUUAUCUUGAGUUUUGGCCUCGGACCAGGUGGAGUGACUAACAUCCUCACCACAGAGCUGUUCACACAAUCCUCACGCCCUGCAGCGUUCAUCAUCUCAGGAUCAGUGAACUGGCUCAGCUUUUUCUUCGUUGGUUUGGUCUUCCCGUUCAUUAUUAUUGGUCUUCAGCAGUAUUGUUUCCUGGUCUUUUUGGUUGUGUGCUCCUUGGUGGGACUCUACAUUUUUCUUGUUGUUCCUGAAACAAAAAACAAGACCUUUGUGGAAAUCCAAAACGACUUCCAGUCCUCCAAAAACGUGAAGCUCGGCAACUCUGAUGGAGCAGGGACCAUACUCUUAUCAACUUCAAUAUGAAACAAGCAUGAGAAAGCUCUUAAAAUAUCUUUUUUAUCUGUUGUCAUGUUUAUGAAAAAAUUGGAUCCAUUAUACGUAACAAAAAUAUAUACCCAAAUUAAAUGAUUUCCUGUAAACCAAGCUGCCUGCUAAAACAGGUAGGUAAAUGGUAAAUGGCGUAUACUUAUAUAGCGCCUUUCUUCCUACAAGGACAAAGCGCUUUACAGUCACAGACCCAUUCACCCAGUCACACACACAUUCACACACACAGUCACACACUGGUGGUCGCUCCGCUGCCAAGCACAGGCGCCCGCCUACCACCAGAGGCAAGGUGGGGUUCAGUGUCUUGCCCAAGGACACUUCGACUCAUGGGCGUGCAAGGCGGGAAUUGAACCUGCAACCUUACGAUCAUGGGACGACCGCCCUACCGCUGCACCACGGCCGCCCCUUGAAGUACCUUUGUAUAGUUUUGUAAAACAGCAAACAUUUGAGGAACAAUCAUUUGUAAAGUCUGUACUUCUUUUAAAAAGUGAUUUAUUUACUAAAUGCAUAAUUGUAAUAGUACUACUGCUGAGAUACUGCAAAUCAAAAAGGACAUAAGGUGGCAUCAGGGCUGUCUUUGCACUACUGGGAAAGUUUACAUUUUAACUCUGCAAAAAGAGGGAGUUUGUAAGUCAAACAGUAACAAUUUCCUUUUUUAUAAACCAUUUCUCCUCAAACAGUCUCAAUUAUUGCAUGAAAGGAACAACAAUGAGAGACUUGCGAUGUCUGACUCUGGAGUUUUUUGUUUAUGGGGCUUUUUUCCCCUGCAGACAACAUGUGAUCACAUUUAAAUUUAGAGUUACAAGUCUGUCUAAUCCGUUUUGGCAGGAUUCCCUUUUCUGCAUGCUGUCCAACAGCUCGCAGUACUGUAUCAACGUGAACAAAUGUUAAGGCUGAACACAAUAAAAGGUGCUUUGCUGAUUUUGUUCAAUAAAAAUCGGUUGAUGAAA